CAGGACAGAUCUGGUUUGCCUUGCCUCACUUGUUAUAGAUCAGUUCCAGACCGUACACUACUUCUCAUAUUUUUUCAACGCAAUCAAAAACCCGUUCCACAUCGCCGCCGCCAUCACCACCGUGAAUCCCCGAUCAUGGACCAACACUACCCCCGCGACCGCCACUACCACCACCACCACCAACACCAACAACAACAUCCCCAACAGCACCGUACUAGAUACGCUCCUCUUGGUCCUCAAUCUCACCACCACCUCUCUCAGCCUCCUCCCCCUCUUCCUCCUCCACAUGCUCCGCCGCCACCGCCUCAUCCUCCCCCCCUCUCCUACCGCAACAUCCACACCCCUCCUCCUCCCCCUCUCUACAACACUCCUCCCGUCCACCCAUCCCGACAAUUACAAUUCUACCCUCACCACCGUUCCGCCCCAGAGGAACGCCCAGUCCCAACCAACCACCCCUUCUCCGACGACCUCCUCCCCCGCCGCAAUAUCCCUGAUUAUGACCGCCGCAACCCUGAACCCGCCUGGAACCCUAGCCUCGAUGAUCUCAAUUACCCUCCCCUUGAUUACGACCGCGAAUUCAACCACCACCGACCACAGCAGCCUCCACCACCACCGCCGUCAUAUCCACCUGUUGACAGCCUCCGGUACGACGCCUCUGAUGGAGCCAAUUGCAGGUUGAGGACGGAACGCCUCGACGGAAACCCUAGGGAAGGAGGCUACGCCUGGGGCAGAGAAGGCGAGGGCAGCGGCAAGUACCGCCGCUCCGUCGUGGAGGUGCCGAUUUCGAGGGAUGCCGACGUUGAUUCAAAAUCCAGCGGUGGCUACAGUCGCGAUCGCGUCUACGACGAUUCUGAUGUGCCUACCAGGGUUGGCAGGGUCGAGAACAGUAGAAGGUGGGCGAUGAAUGAAAGAAAGGUACCUAGAGAGUUUCAUGAUUCUUUUGAAUUGGUGAAUGGUGAGAUGAAAAGAGAGUAUUCUGAAAUGGGUAGGUAUAGUAAUAACAGCAACAAUAGUAGUAGUAAUUCCAGAGGAGGGAACAGCAGAGAGCGUGGUAGUGAAACAUUCAAUCGCACUCCGCCGAAGAAACAGAUACAGAAGAAGAGUGCACUUCUCAGAAUCCAGACAGUAAAGCCCAACAAUCAUAGGAACCGAGAUGUCGAACAGUUACGUUAUGCUGGCUAUGCUUCUCCGGAUUCGAACUCUAGUUAUUUCAGGGGUAAGGAGCAACAUAAUGGGUAUUCAGGUGGUGGUCAUGGAAUGAGGGUGGAAGAGAGGGAAGGUAGCCCAGUUGAGCUUGAUAUUUCUUUCGAAUCGAACUCCCUGGUGGCCAAGGCUAUUGUCUCCGCUGCCCCUUCCGCUGCUCCUGUUCCUGAUUUGAAUGUGAAUGCCACUCAUGUUUCUGAUGCAGAUUUGGCUUCUGUGGAAAAGGAUAAGAAGGUUUCGGUGUCUGAUGGUGAUUCUGGUUUGCAACCUGGUAGAGUAACUACUGGUGCUGCGGAUUUAAUUAGCCUGCCGUGCAAACAAAGUGACACCUCUAGUGCUGGUAAGGAAUUGAACCUGCAUAAGAAUGUCCCUGAUACUUCUUCUCAGCCUUGUACUGAUGUGAUUGGUAAACCUGAUGGGAAAAAUGGGGUGGUAGUUUCAGUUGCAAGUGCCAAUAUUUGUAGGGUUAAACCGUCCUCUAGGGUUGUCAAGAAGAAAAAAGUUGUUAAAAGAGUGGUGAAGAAAGCUGUUGUAAAUCCUAAUUCAACUGUGUCAAGUUCGCUGCCAGCGAAUGCUCCUAAUGGAACUCUGAAAACUGAUAGUGUAACACUUGGUUCCUCAACUGCCUCGGGUCCUGACAAAACUGAAACUUUUUUGGAGGGGAGAGGCACCGCUUUUGACAAGGUCUCUGUACCGGACUGUUUGUACCCUUUACUGAACGAAGAGAAUGAAUUGAAUGAAGAUAAAAAGGGAGAUCUAUCAUCAUUGCUGAGUUUGGGGCCAGAUUCCAGGUCACAUGAAUGUAAGACUGAGCAACAUUUUGAUAUUGGGAAAGUAUCCAGGUUUGAAAGAGGUGGAGGCAUUUCAAAUUCUCCAUCUUGUGCUUCUAUUAGUGAGGAUAAAAAGAGUGAUUCUGAUUGUUUAGAUGCUAAUAAUUCUGCCCAUGACUUGCAUGGCAUGCCAAAUACUGAUAUGGUUACUAUUUCGUUAAGUCGAAGUACUUCUUCUGAAAUCAAUUACAUAGAUUAUGAUAAUAAGCAAUUAUGUCAGAGUGAAGUGUCUCUAUCACAUGGUAAAUAUUCAAAUGUAGGAAGUCCACAGAAUAGGAAUCUUGUAGUUGUAGGGGAUGAAAGGGAUUGCAAAUUGUUUAGUUCAGCUGACAGUGUCAUUUCCACAGACCUAAUAGAUGCACAUAAGUCUGCCAACAACAGGGUUUAUGGCUUCAAUUCCAAUGAUCUUACAGUUUCAGAAGAAAAAAAUACUAUUAGUGAAAGUGGGAAUUAUGACACUUUUGGUAAUGUAAAUUGUGGAAAUAUGGCCCCUACAAUCACUAAGAAUGCUAGUUUGACACAAAAUUCAGAUACAGCCAUUCCUCUGCAAAGCAGCGGAAUGGCUGCUUGUUCAAAUUCAGGAAAUACUAGGAUUCAGGAUAGUCUAGAUUGCCUACAACAUGCCAGUGCACUGAAACAGGGUUCUGAUAAUGGAUCAUCUAAUUUAGGAGAUAGUAUCACUGUUCACAAUUUUGGUAUCAUGAAAGAUGAUCAAAAGCAGAUGUCCCCCAGUGAUGUCACCAUAUCCCCUAAAAAUUGUGACACAGAAAAAACAUUCCGGUGUUCUAAUACUUCAGUUGGAUCAGAUGAAUGGGAUGCACAUAGGAUUAAAAUGGGAAAAGUUACAACUCAUAAGUUUUUGAACUCAAAGAUGGAGGACAUGCUUCCAGACCGUGUUAAUCCACAUAAAAAUGCAUGUGAUGUGGAUAGUAGCUCAAGUAUGUUAUUGAAAGAUCCAUCUCUUCCACAAGCUUUAGAUCAAUCUGUUCAAAGCUUAGAUCUUAACUUAUCCAGCAUGGAUGGUGUCGCUAUUUUACGUGGGAAAAGAGGGGUUUCAGAAACUGAAUUGUAUGGUGGAAACUAUAAUGACAAGGAUGAUGUAAAUAAGGCCUCACCAGUGUCUAAAAGGAAAAAAGUUGCUGAUAGUCCUCCAAAGUUCACUGAAUGUCAAUCUGAAUUCAGUGAUGCAGGUUUUGCUACCACGUCUAAUGCAAGAGUUCCUAUCAGUUUCCGUAAUAACCAAACACGUCAAAAAGAAGUUGCAUUGUCAAGCAUGAGUAUUCUUUCUACUGCUCAGACAAUGCCUUAUUCGGAGCAUGUUGCUAAUUUGUCAGACAGUAUUCUGGCUAGAGGACCUUUUGAAUCUAUGGAUGCAAGUAGGGAAACCAUGAGUUCUGAGUCUCCGGGAUUGCAGCAUUCAGAUAUUGUCUCUUCUUCACCAUGUGCAGACUCGGCCUUUCCCAAUGCUGAGUUCCCAGUAUUGGAAUGUGAGCAGAAAGAAAUUAUCAAUCCAAUCGUUCCUAUAGGUAAUAAUCAAACUGACAUUUUGGUUAUUGGAGAAGUCAAGGGAGAAAAAGCUGAUUUACAGGCGGUUAAAGGUAGUUACGGUUUUAGAGACUUAGUGCAAAGGUCUCCAACGGCUGAUAUGGAAUCUAAUGAUCUCAAUAUGAAUGAUGAUUUACUUGUUCAGCAGAACCUUAUGUCCUACCCAGCUGAUGGUGGUCGAGUCACUACCAGUAAUUCAAAUGAUGACUUGAUUGAGGACUUUCCCAAUGCUACAUCAGACAUGUUUUCUAAAGGGAUGACAUCUGAAGUACUGGAUAGAAAGACUCAAGAGUUUACAGAAACUCACAAAGAAAACAGUCGUGGGUACAAAGAAAAUCCAAAUAGCAAAUCUGUGGUUGAACAUGAUUCUGACUUAAAUACUUCAUUAACACAGCACACUAAAGAAAAUUUGAAGUCAGAUCAUGCAAUUGGACGUGACCCGAUAAUGAAGAAUAUAAUGCCAGAACCAUCCAAAGUUUAUUCCAAGGUUACAACUCAGGGUCUAAAAACAUAUUGUUCAGAAUUAAAUGGGAGCAAAAGUCAGCCAGGUGUCACUCUGAAACCUUUCCAGGGUCAUUCUUUCACCAUUUCGAAGUCAAAGACAAAGGCAUCUGCCUCUUCAGCCCCUAUUUCAAAACCUCGAACUUGGCACCGUUUUGGUAAUAAUCCUACCACUUCUUUACCUAGGAUUAAACCUUCGCCAGGAACAGCUCCUCCCAAAAGGCCAAUUCUACCACGAAAAGCGAACUUUCAAAAUACCUCUACUUCAUACAUUCGUAAAGGUAACAACAGUCUUGUGAGGCAACCUUCUCCAGUUUCUGCUUUACCUCAAAUCUCCUCUGCUAAUCAGUCACCCGCCAGAUCUGAAAGCAGGGCCGAUGUGACAGAUCAAUCGAUCUACAUGAAAACAGGAGAAACAUAUGCUCCUCAGCAUAGGCAGAGAACCCCUUCACUACCUAUUGACAAUAAACCAAAGGAAAAUAUAUCUUCUCCAUUGGUAGACCCUCCUUCCAGUGGUUUGUGUGAAAAUUUAUCAUAUCCUGGUAAAUCUAUAGAAGCUAAUGAUGCACCAAAGUCUUCUGAAGAUUCGCUGAUGCAUGUUGAAACUUCUGAAAAUCCUACUAGUUCAUCUAAUAUUGGGGAGAGUCAAGUUGAAGCAAAUGAUGGGAAUAUUUCUUCUAUGAAUACAAGGAGAAUAGUGUAUAUAAAGCCUAAAACGAAUCAGUUGGUUGCAACUUCAAAUUCUUGUGAUAUUGUCUCAACUGAUGAAAAGGGCCAAACAGCCUGUUCUGAUGGCUACUUCAAAAGGAGCAAAAAUCAAUUGGUUAGGACUACAUUUGAAAAUCAUAUUAACCAGACAAUUGCAACGCCCAAUAGCAAUGUGAAUUCUGACGGGCGAGAGGCUAGUAAGGUUCUUUGCAACAGGAGGUUCAUUAAGAGGCGUUCACAUAAGGUUUCUAGGAGUUCUGGCAAACCCUUAAAAGCUUCAUUUGUGUGGACACUUCGUGGCAAGAAUUCGUCCGGAAAUGAUGGGGACUCGUUGCAUUAUCACAAGGUUUUACCUCGCUUGUUUCCAUGGAAAAGAACAACAUAUUUAAGAAGCUUCGUUCAUAAUUCUGCUUCAAGCUUUGAUAGUAGUUCCGUAUCUGCAAUCAGCAAGAAAUUGCUACUUUCAAGAAAGAGGGAUACUGUUUACACCAGGUCAACCCAUGGGUUUUCUCUUUGGAAAUCCAAGGUAUUAGGAGUUGGUGGUUAUAGUUUAAAAUGGUCCAAAUCCAUUGAGAAGCACUCAAAGAAAGCUAAUGAGGAAGCCACACUUGCUGUUGCUGCAGUUGAGAGGAAGAAGAGAGAACAGAAAGAUGAGGCUUGCAUCAAUUCUCAGACUAAGAGUAGGAAGCAUUUCUUUCCAUCAGUGUUUGUCACAUCAAAAUGCCAAAGACUUUGUUUUCUUGCUAUUAAACCUUACUUAUUCUCUCUGUAUAUAUUAUAUUUGUCUGUUACUCUGACUUUGGAAGUAGCGGUUGAUUGUGUAGGAGAACGAAUAUUUCGUAUUGGUUCAGUUCGCUACAGAAUGGAUCCUUCCAGGCGGACACUUCAGAGGAUUUCAGACGAUGAAUCCCCGUCCUCUGCCUCUGUCUCUUCAGGUUUGGCUGGCAAAAGAGCUUAUAUUCCAAGGAGAUUAGUGAUUGGAAAUGAUGAAUAUGUCCGAAUCGGCAAUGGAAACAAGCUUAUCAGAGACCCAAAGAAACGAACUCGAAAAUUGGCUAAUGAAAAGGUUAGAUGGAGCUUGCACACUGCCAGACAGCGGUUGGCUCGAAAGCAGAAGUAUUGUCAGUUUUUCACAAGGUUUGGCAAAUGUAACAAGGAUGGAGGGAAGUGUCCUUAUAUUCAUGAUCCCUCAAAAGUUGCUGUCUGUACUAAGUUCCUGAAUGGCUUAUGUUCUACUCCCAACUGCAAAUUGACUCAUAAGGUCAUUCCAGAGCGAAUGCCAGAUUGUUCUUAUUUUUUGCAAGGCUUAUGCUCAAACAGAAAUUGCCCGUAUAGACAUGUCAAUGUGAACCCUAAGGCAUCUAUCUGUGAAGGAUUUCUUAAGGGUUAUUGUGCUGAUGGCAAUGAGUGUCGGAAGAAGCAUAGCUACAUCUGUCCUGCUUUUGAAGCUACGGGAACCUGUGUUCAAGGAACCAAAUGCAAGCUUCACCACCCCAAAAAACAAAGCAAGGGAAAGAAAAGAAAGAGAUCUGGAGAUCAGAACAGUAGAGGGCGUUACUUUGGUUCUAUUUCCGUCGAUGUUUCUGAACCUGAGAUGAUGAUGGCUUCAAGUCAACAGAACCUUGACCUUGAGAAAGAACUUUCCGACUAUAUCAGUCUUAAUGUGAAUGAAGAAGUUGCAGAUGUGGUCGAUCAAUCAUUUGAGCAAUCAACAUUUUGUGGCAAUGACUCCAUGGAUUUGGAUACUUAUGAUGAACUUAAACCAGUUCUUGCAAUGACCAAAUUGACAUCGCAAGCACCUCAGUCCAGUUGUCUGCAAGCUUUAGACAAUUGAAGGAGAUUGAAGGUAAUUGUAAAUGUGGUAUAACUUAGGUAAUAGAUUAGUUUUUUUCCCAAUUUUCAUAUCAAUAUUCUGCCUCAAUGAUUUUGAAUUCCUGUUGUCAUUGUACACUACUACCACACAGGUCAAUAUAUACACCCUCCCCUUGUAUUUUAUGUAUAACUGUACAAUAACGUCUGGAAUAUAGAGAAAGAAAAAUUACCUUC